UGUACAAUAUAUGUAUAGACUUUCAGAUGUCCAGCGCAUGUCCUGCGAACAACCAAGACGACGACGACGACGACAGCAACAUGUGCGGUGGAAUCUGGAAAGACCUCUUUUCUCUCUCUCUCUCUCUCUCUCUCUCUCUUUAUAUAUGUGGCACGCCGGAGCUUGCGCUCGAUCCAUCACCUGCUGCCCACGGUCAAACCAUCUGUUGGAGGACCCUAAGCAAGUAGCAGCUACUAAAUAUAAGCCAUGAUGAUGGUGAUAAUAAUAAUGAUAAUAAUAAAAAAGACGGCUAUUCCAAACAAGUGAGCGAGUGAGGACCGAAGCAGAACGAAGCUGAUGAAUCCGGCCGAUCCGCCAUGACUGGCUUGCGCGUCCGUCGCCCUGCCUGCCUGGCUUGCUGGCUGGCCAUGCCAUGCCAUGCUCGCCUGGUGUCUUGCAUCCGCCGUCCUUGAAGUUUCAGCUUGAUGGUGCGUUAUCGCUGCGCUAUAUUCCCGCCUUCGCCUCGCGUCCAAUUGCGCCCUGCGAGCCCGCCCGUGUUUCUUAUAUUCUUUGUGGCGCUACGUAACACGCUGGCUGCAUGCAUGCCUGCAUCUUCUCAACAUUGAACAACAACAACCGGACUCUUACCCCAGUCACCUACCUAGCUCACCACCUAACCACCACCACCACCACUACCACUACCACCCCCCCGGCCGGCCCCUUCAUUGCUCGCCUGCCCAUUAUUACUACUACCCUUGGUUCCUUCUCCAGCCCCUCCCCCGCCUCUUCUUGUUCAUCUCUUCCCUCCAUCAUCUUUUUUUUGUCGUCUUUUGCUGUCUUGCUUGUCGCCUACUGCCUAUCACACCAUCAGUACCACGACAAAGCCUCCAGUACAGUUACCACCAUCCUUCUAUCCAGCACUAUCCGCCUAUUGCAUAUCCGCUCCCCAUCGUAUCGCGACUCAACAUUCAUCUGCAAAGGGACCAUCGCAGUCUCAAAGCUUGUACCCCACUCGCUCCAAACUUACCCAUUCUUACCCUGAACCCUCCCGCGUCCUGCUCGUCAACAGCUGGUCAACAGAACAACAACCGCAUACUGUCGACGCACUGUACUCCCUAAGGCGUUUGCGAGCUACUAGGCCACAACACCACCGAAUCAACCACAACACCACCCUGCGCUACGCCGUGUCCGGCUUCAUCUAAUUCGGUGCACACACCAUCGUCUUGCCUGUUUCAGCAUCCAAGCGUAGCUUGCAACACGCGAUACCGAAACCCAUACCCACCGCACCGGCAUCUAGUUGCCAGCCGAGACUAACCAGCCAUCGCGAUCAACAAGACCCGCCAUGUCCGUCGCUAUGGAGAACCGCUACCCCCAACCCGACCAGCAGUCUGCCCGUCACCCACCGCAGUCAGAUUCACGCCCCGAAACACGCCCACGAUCCAAGAGCACAAUCAGCUUCAAGAGCGGGAAGAGCGCCAAAUCCGGUGGUCACUCAAGGAAAGAGAGUCACGACGAAAAGCUACACUUGCAUGCCCAUACAAAAGCCGAUCCGAACGCGGCUAUGAACGAAUCCCAGCCAAGUAAGUCUUGUUGCCUCGUCUUCCCUCGUCCCGUGCACUCGCACAACCCCUUCUCCAUCGCGGGAUUCUUGCGCGUUUGUGUUUCUUUCGGAACGCAACGGAUCUUGUCUCAUCUUCAUUUUUUGCACUCUCUGCACCUAUCGGCACUUACUGACGAUUCUCGACCAGUCGCUGCGGCCCUUGAGAAGCCCACACUGCAGUCACUGCGCUCGUUCGACCACACCGACGCGCAAGGCAAUCUAAUAGCGGAACCUGAUAUCUCCAAUCCCACCCGUUCGAGAUGGGAGCGCCCGCUCGACACCAUCCGCUCGUUCGAAGCAGCCAUUGACGGCGAGUACAGGAGACGAGCACACACUAUGAGAGCCGAUUCCAAUACGGAGAUAAUGAGCCAGUACGGCAGUCGAAGGAGCAGCUAUUAUGGUGGAGCUCAAGACCAGAACCGCUACUCGCAAAUGAGCGGCUAUUAUGGUAACCGACAAGCUGCCCGUGAUAGUUGGAUGGAUAACGCACAGGGUGCCGGAGGUCCGGUUGGCGGUCCCCCACGAACGCGCUACAAUCGCAUGCAAUCAGAUCCGUACAACCGCUAUAGCAAUGGCCACACCAUGUACCCCAAUCAAGGGUACCAACAAUCCCGCGACACCGUGAACACCAAUGGAUCCAAUGGUAGCCACAGUGAUCCCUACUCGACCGAUCCCCAUAGCGACAAUAGCUCCGUCGAACGGGCUCCUCCUGUACGACAGCCAGAGACCGGCGAACAGUACGGGUUUACAGGGUUUGGUGCUGGUCCGAUCCUAGAAGAGAAUGGGCAGCAGCGCAACUCCUAUUUUGCACAACCGCCUUCGAACGGGAAUGGGCACGGUGUUCCACCAGUUCCUCAAAAGAAUGGACCGCCGCCACCGCCAGUUCACGGCCAGCCAAUUAAGCUCACCAAGACCAACGGUUCCAACGGGUCCCCUGCCGCAAAUUCAAAUUCACAGGCUCGUCCGAAUGCCGAGAAGAGAAAGAGCUGGUUCAAGAGGCGCUUCAGCAAAGAUUAG